AUGGAGUCCAAAAAGCCUACCGAGCCCGAGCGCAAGAAAUGGGACAAGGGCGACUUUGCCGCCAAGGCGCGCGAGAAGGACCAGCAGGCGUACCAGCAUGCCAAGGCCCGGGACGCGGCUGCUGCUGAGGGCGCGAGAGGGCAUACCUCGGCAGCUCUUGCCAUACCAAACCAGAGCUGCUCGAGACAACCCUGCCUUCUUGACCGACAGCCGCCGCACCCCUUCCCUCGUCACCCCCUAGCCCCUCAUGUCCCUCCACCACACCAUGGCUCUCCAGCUAACCCUUCUCUCUCACCAGGCAAACGCUAUCGCCCGGACCAGGACCUGCCCCGCCCCACGGGUCUCGCGCAGCAGCACGUCAACCUGGGACUGGAUAAGGACAUUGGCAAGACGAUGCUCGUGUCGCAGACGACGACCGGCAAGGGUCCGCGCGGCGCUGGGUUCUAUUGCGACCUCUGCAACCGCACCCUCAAAGACUCCCUGUCGUACCUCGACCACCUCAACUCGCGCUUCCACCUCUCCAAGCUCGGACAGGGGACGCACGUCGCGCGCUCCACUGUCGAGCAGGUGCGGCAACGCAUCGCCGAGCUGCGCGAGCAGACCAAGAACAAGGUCGACGCGAAGAAUUACGAUUUCGCCAAGCGGCUCGCGGUGGUGCGUGGCGCGGAAGAGGCCAAGAGGCAGGCGCGGAAAGACGAGCGCAAGAAGAGGAAGGAGAAGGAGAGGGAAAAGGACAAGAUGGGCAAAGUGGGUGUGCUGGAUGCGAGCGACCGUGGGGCCGUCGGCGCUGCUGUCGAUGAGCAGAUGAGUAUGGAGGCUAUGAUGGGCUUUGGCGGAUUUGGGAGCGGCAAGAAGAGGUAA